AUGGAGUUCAUGUUGAGGGCAAAGCAACUUGGCACACUAACUCAGUGUGCACGAUCCUUCUAUCUUAAUGGAUCAAGGUGCGGUAGCACAGAUGGAGCUUCAUGCACAUGCCCUGAGGAUGAGACUUAUGCUCCAAAAAGGCAGACUACAACUGCUAUCGAGCAGAAGUCUCAUUCAACCCACAGAACAUCUGUGAAGAUUCAGCCUCCUGUACAAGAUGUUAUUGGAGCUACUGGCCACCCAGCUCCAGCUGUUCAUGCCACUACCUCACCUCCACCAGGAAAGGAGCCUGCAUCUAGUAACAGAAGCAAUCGUCCUCACGAUCAUCAGCAGAUUAUAGGAAGUGAUUAUGUACAGCCAUCUAAGCAGACAGCCAGAAGCAUUUCUCAAUCUGGAAUUGCUGGAGCUGGUGUAUAUUCUGAGCUGGUUAAUUUCAGGUCCUCAUCUAAUAAUGGAAGCACUGAUCAGGCUCCACAGAUGGGUACUAACUAUUCUUAUCAGAUUUUAUCUGAUAGCCAUUCUUCUAAUAACAGGGCACAGAAUCAACUUAACUUUCCUGAGGGAAAGAUGGCUUAUAACCCUUCCGUAAACAAUGAAUUCGGGAAGGGGUACCCAAGAGCUGGCUAUGCAAAGCCAAAGCAGAGUUUCUCAGGACCAUCUGUGAUGGUUUCCAGUUCACCAUCACAAAUAAGGAGUCAAGGGCAUCCAGGUCCACCCUAUGCAAAAUAUCAUUCUAAUCAUUUCAAUUCAGAUGCCAGGCGAGAUGAAGUACAAACUCGGAACCCAUCAGGUCCCAAUGUUUUUAGUGGUUCUGGCAACAAAAUUCAGGGUUCUACAGGAACAAUAAAAGCUCAUAGUGGAGGACCCCAAUCUAACUUAAGAUCAUUGAAGUCAUUGCGGUCAGUUGAUCAGUACUACCACACACUGCAGCAAAUGAAAUGGGGUCCAAUGACCGAGCAUGUUCUGGAUAAUCUUCAUUGCAAGAUAGAUGCGUUCCAGGCAAAUCAAGUACUCAAGCUGCUUCAUGACCACACUGUCGCUCUUGGUUUCUUUCAAUGGUUAAAGAGGCAACCUGGAUUCAAGCACGAUGGUCAUACUUACACAACCAUGAUAGGCAUCCUUGGGCAAGCCAGGCAAUUCGGUGUUUUGAAGAAACUUCUGGAUGAGAUGAGCCGAGCUCACUGCAAACCAACUGUGGUGACAUACAACAGAAUAAUACAUGCAUAUGGCCGUGCAAAUUAUCUUAAGGAGGCUGUUAAAGUAUUUGAGGAAAUGCAGGAAGCUGGUUACGAGCCUGAUCGGGUUACAUAUUGUACAUUGAUUGAUAUCCAUGCUAAAGCUGGAUACCUGGACAUUGCAAUGGAUUUAUAUGGCAGGAUGCAAGAAGUAGGCCUGUCACCAGAUACAUUCACCUACAGUGCCAUGGUUAAUUGCCUUGGUAAAGGUGGUCAAUUAGCGGCUGCUUAUAAGCUUUUCUGUGAGAUGAUUGAAAAUGGCUGCACGCCUAACCUUGUUACUUACAACAUUAUGAUUGCACUCCAGGCCAAAGCAAGAAAUUAUGAAAAUGUUGUUAAGCUGUACAAAGACAUGCAGGUUGCUGGGUUCCGUCCUGACAAAAUAACUUACAGCAUUGUUAUGGAAGUUCUUGGUCAUUGUGGCCAUCUGGAUGAGGCUGAGGCUGUUUUCAUUGAGAUGAGGUGUGAUUGGGCUCCUGAUGAGCCAGUAUAUGGACUUUUGGUCGAUCUCUGGGGCAAAGCCGGCAAUGUUGACAAAGCACUAGGAUGGUACCAAGCAAUGCUUCAGGAUGGUUUGCAGCCUAACGUGCCUACCUGCAAUUCGCUCUUGAGUGCUUUUCUGAAGAUGAACAGAUUUCAAGAUGCCUACAUCGUGCUCCAGAACAUGCUUGCUCAAGGGCUUGUUCCAUCUGUGCAGACUUAUACCUUGCUGCUCAGCUGCUGCACCGAGGCUCAGGCACAGAUAGGUUUGUGCGGCCAGCUCAUGGCCAUCACUGGACAUCCAGCUCACAUAUUCCUGCUGUACUUGCCUGAUGCAGAACCUGGUGGCCAGAACGUCAGGGAUCACACCGGGUAUUUCUUGGACAUGAUGCACAGUGAGGACAGAGAGAGUAAAAGGGGUCUAAUGGAUGCUGUCAUAGACUUCUUGCACAAGUCUGGUCUCAAGGAGGAAGCGGGCCUUAUAUGGGAGGUUGCUGCACAGAAGAAUGUGUACCCAGAUUCUGUGAGGGAGAAGAGCUCGUCGUAUUGGCUCAUCAACCUUCACUUGAUGUCUGAGGGCACAGCAGUGACUGCUCUGUCCAGGACACUUGCCUGGUUCCAUAGGCAGAUUCUGACAUUGGGCACUGGUCCUGAAAGAAUUGACAUUGUCACUGGCUGGGGCAGGAGGAGCAGGGUAACUGGAUCUUCGCUGGUUAGACAAUCGGUUCAAAAGCUUCUAAACCUCUUUGACUUCCCAUUCUUCACCACCCGUGGAAAUACUGGCUGCUUUGUCGGCUGCGGGGAGCCACUCAACAAAUGGUUGCACAAUCCUUAUGUUGAGCGCAUGCAUUUAUUGUAA